AUGUCUAGCAUUAAAGCCAAUGUUUCUACAUUCGAGGGUCAUCGUAAUCUCAGGUUCCGCUUGAUCCUUGCUACGUUAGCAGGUAAACCCAUUAAAAUAACGAAGAUCAGGUCCGAUGACAUGAAUCCAGGUCUAAAGGAUUACGAGGUAUCAUUCCUCAGGCUAUUAGAAUCUGUUACAAAUGGAUCCCAAAUUGAAAUUUCCUACACGGGUACUACAGUUAUCUAUAAACCAGGUAUAAUCAUAGGGGGACAAGUUACCCACAACUGCCCAACCACUAAGCCAAUAGGAUACUACUUGGAACCUAUGUUGUAUCUUGCACCAUUUUCAAAGAAGAAGUUUUCUGUUGUAUUCAAGGGGUUGACUGCUUCAGACAGAACUAAGGAUGCGGGUAUAGAGGCAAUCAAAUGGGGACUUUUGCCCUUGAUGGAGAAGUUUGGAGUGAGAGAAGUAUCAUUGCACAUUUUGAAGCGAGGCUCUCCGCCAUUGGGUGGAGGUGAAGUCCACUUUAUGUGUAACUCCUUAAUUCCGCAACCAUUGACUAUGCAUGCGCUUGAAUCUCCAAAGAUAUCUGCAAUCAGAGGUGUUGCUUAUUGCACCCGUGUGUCUCCGUCAACGGUCAACAGAAUCAUUGACAGUGCGAGAAACAUUUUGAGACCUACUGGAGUAGAAGUGAAUAUAACAGCCGAUGCAUGGAGAGGGGACAAUUCUGGUAAGUCGCCUGGGUUUGGUGUUACUUUAGUUGCCGAGCUGAAAAAGGGAUGGAGAAUCUUAGCUGAAGGUGUUGGUUCAUCGGGGACGCUUCCUGAAGACUUAGGAGAAAGAGUUGCAUACGAAUUACUCGAUGAAUUAACCAAGAGUUGUGUUAUUGGGAGGAAUCAAAUUAUGUUAAGUUUGUGUUACAUGACCAUUGGAAAGGAAGAUGUUGGAAGAUUAAAGUUGCAUAAGAAGCAAAUUGAUGACAAUUUUGUUUGGGCAUUGCGUGAUAUCAAGAACGUAUUUGGAACAGAAGCAUUUUUGAAAGAUGGUGCUGACGAGCCAGUUCCUGGUGAAGAAGACUACAUGACGCUUUCACUUAAGGGUAUUGGAUUCACCAGUGCUUCUAAAAAGAUAGCAUAA